AUAGCAUUAAUGAUGUGGUAGACCCAACCAAUAUCAUAGUGUCUUGUGCUUAUUUAAUUAAAAAAAAUUAUAUAAAAAACAUAUAUUCAAUAAAAAAAUAUAUGCUACUGGUCAUCCGAGGAGAAAAUCCCAACCACCCAUGUCGUCCUCAUCAUGUCAACGCACUUUAGUUGCAUUCUAGACCGGUUUCCAUCAACGAUUAGGAACCACAACUAAGGGCGACUGGCUUUGGCUUGCCUGUACUGAUUUUGGUUUUCCUUUUUCAUUAGAAAAGGUCUCCUAUCAAUUAAACAUAAGAGAGCUCCACCUUUUUCGGAUCUCAAGAAUCGCGCCGCAGCUAGGAUUUCGACAACCUUUCAAUGAGUGCCGCCGGCGGCACGCCGGAGGCCGGGGGGGCCUGGCCCCAACCCAAACGCUUACGGAGGAGCAACGAUCCCCGUCCCGGCCUUACAAGAAGGCAAAGCCCAUGACGAAUGAGGGCUUUACAGGCAGUGCAGCGAUGCAAGUGGACCAGACGCCUGCGGAGGAGCAACGCUCUCCGCCUCAGACCUUGCAUGGCUCGUCCCCUUCGGUGGAAACGGUGAUGGAGUCAGUAGAACCGGCCAAGGCGGAGCCGACACGCUCCUACAAAGACCUGGUUACUGGAGAGCAAGUUAGGGAGGAGAUUGAGGACGACCUCGAAGAUGAGAUGGAAAGCGACGGGGAGGGGGAACCAGACUGCCCUAACAAGUUAUCGCAAAAGAUCCUCGCCUGGGAGGUCGUCGCUCAGCAAAGUAAGCAAGCGGAACAAACUCUUUCACUGGGGAGGUCGGGGUCGCGUCGAGACGUGGCCGUGGGGUGGAGACCGGCCCCGACAGGGUGGAUCACAGUGAACUCUAAUGGGUUGCUCUUACGGCCCUCAGGGUCUACCGCUGCAGGAGGAGCGCUUAGAGACUGGCAGGGUCGCUUGUUAGGGGCCUAUACGAUGAACCUGGGGAAGUGUACCAUCACCCGUGCAGAGAUCUGGGGGGCAUUGAAGGGUCUCGAGCUUGCUUGGGAAGCAGGACAUCGACAAGUGGAGCUCCAGCUUGAUUCUAGGACGGCGAUGUCUCUUCUCCAGGUUCCAGGACAGCACAACCACCAGCAUGCCGACCUUACCUUAUCGUUCCAGGCCUUGCUCCGUAGGGACUGGGAUGUGCGUAUCAUUCACAUCUAUAGGGAGGCCAACUUUUUGGCUGACUGUCUUGCUCACAAGGGGCACUCUCUGACCCCGGGCUUUCACUCUGUUCAUGUUUCGGACCCUGAUGUUUGUCAUUGGACCAUGUUUGACUCUGUUGGCGGUUUUACCGUUCGAUCGAUUUAUGAAUAAGAGGUAGUGGUGCUUGCACCUGUUUCAUAAAAAAAAAAAAAAAAAAGGCCGACUGGCUUUUCAUCGCCGAUUAGGAACCACAGUGUUGAUCUGGAGCUCUGAUCGAGGACGACUGUCCUGCAUUAACAAUGAAGAUCUUGUUGUCGACUCGAAAAUCCUCUCUUCUCCUUCUCCUUCUUUCUAAUGCAGGACUGUGAAAAAUAUUUUGAUGAGUACAUGGUACUCUCGGUGUAUCUAAUAAUAUCUCAUAAUCUAAAUGUAUUCAGCUAAUAUGAAUCCUAACAAUAAUAACUACUCUACUAUUACAAAUCAUCAUCUAAAACAUCUCAUUCCCUCCCCAAAUAUACAUCUAUAAUAAUAUCUCUUAGACGUGAUUAUGGAAGGAAGGCUUUCGGUUUGGCCUUCAUCUAAAUGUGGGUAAGACUGAGAUUUUUUGGUCUACUGAGGAUCCUAGGAGUCGACUGCCGGGUGCUUUCCCGCCUCUGUUACUCGGCCUUCACGUGGUGUCAUUGUUUCUGGGUGGUUCUGUCAGUUCUUGUCCUGGUUUUAGCAGUAAGCUUGUGGCGAAGAGAGUUACCAGGACCGUCAAACUGAUGGACUUGGCUGCAAGGAUUGAUGACUCACAGACUCACAGUGUGAGUUGCUUUUGCUUCGAACUUGUACUCGAAUUUCUUAAUCCUACUUUGCUUUGCAUACUUGCUCUCGGAUUUUUUGGAUCGGCCCAAUUAUCUUUUAAAAAAGAAUAAAGUUCGAAAUUAUUAAAUAACCUAAAAAACAAGUUGUCGCCCCUCUCCACCAAGCAUCUCCUUCCUCCCAAAGCAACGAACCCACUUGGAUAAGGGGGCUAAAGUAAAACAUUUAUGAUCCAAAAAAAACUAUCCAACCUCUCAAGGUUUUCACUAUAUCCAAAUAAACAAAAUGCACCUAAAUACCUGAUUACUGCACAUAGUUAGUGAUGAUAAUUUCUUACCUGAUCAGUGCGUCCUGACCUAUUUGGGACGGGUAUUACCCUACUCGCAGUAGCAUCGAGCUGGUAUGGGUAUUGCUUCCACCUAUCUCGUCUCAUUCUCGACUUUUCUAUAUGUCUCUCUCUUCUUUUGAUCUUUCUAAAAUCAUAUUUUCGUCCCAAAUAAAUUUUAAGAAUUUAUCUUUCAACUAUUCAGACUCAAUUAUUUUUUCUACUAUAUUUAUUAUUCAUUUAUGAAGUAUUUUUUCUAUAUGUUCUCAUAAAAGAGUUAAAUAUCAAUGCUAUUUUUUCAAAUAACAUAUAAGAAUGAAUUGACCCGUCCCGUACCCGCACGUGUAUUACUCGACCUGACCCACGCUUAGUACAUAAUGAGUAUGACAACUGAGGUACCCGUCCCAUCGUACCUCAUUACCAUCACUACCCAUAGUGCCUAACCACACCAACUAGUUUUGAAUCCUCUUAAUCCUUUCAAUGAUAGAUCAAGAACUUUAAGAAUGAACAUCAAAAAGUUGAACCUAUAAAGUAUAUUUUUUAUA